UGGAGAGCGCUGUGGCUCAUGAGGACCGUGGUGGGGUUUGCGCGCCCGCAGGAGAUUUACGCACCCCAUUCCAUACGGAUCGAGGGCCAAUUGACCCUCGGGGGACUCUUCCCCGUGCACGCGAGGGGGGCCGACGGCACGCCGUGCGGGGACAUCAAGAAGGAGAACGGGAUCCACCGGCUGGAGGCCAUGAUGUAUGCGUUGGAUCAGAUCAACCAGGACGAGCAGCUCCUGCCCAACGUCACUCUAGGAGCCCGCGUGCUGGACACCUGUUCCAGAGACACGUACGCCCUGGAGCAGUCGUUGACUUUUGUCCAGGCUCUGAUCACCAAGGACACGUCAGACGUCCGGUGCACCAACGGGGAACCGCCGGUGUUCGUCAAGCCCGAGAAAGUGGUGGGAGUCAUUGGAGCGUCGGCGAGCUCGGUGUCCAUCAUGGUGGCCAACAUCCUGCGUCUCUUCCAGAUUCCUCAGAUCAGCUAUGCGUCGACGGCCCCGGAGUUGAGUGACGACCGGCGCUACGACUUCUUCUCCCGGGUGGUGCCCCCGGACUCCUUCCAGGCCCAGGCCAUGGUGGACAUCAUCCGCUCCCUGAGCUGGAGCUACGUCUCCACCAUCGCCUCGGAGGGCAGCUACGGGGAGAAGGGAGUGGAGGCCUUCACGCAGCUCUCCAAGGAAGCAGGGGGGAUCUGCAUCGCUCAGUCUUUGAGGAUUCCCCAUAACUCCAAACUGGAGGAUUACGACAAGGCCGUCCAACAGCUGCUGGAAACCCAGCACUCCAGGGCAGUCGUCAUCUUCGCCAGUGAAGAAGACAUACGGGGAGUUCUUAACGCCACCAAGAGGGCCAAUCAAGUGGGCCACUUCCUGUGGAUUGGAUCUGACAGCUGGGGUGCCAAGGGCAGCCCCAUCCACCAGCUAGAGGAGGUUGCUGUGGGGGCUAUCACCAUACUGCCCAAACGCUCGUCCAUUAAAGGAUUCGACGAAUACUUCACCGGACUCACGCUGGAGAACAACCGCAGGAACGUGUGGUUCGCAGAGUUCUGGGAGGAGAACUUUGACUGCCGGCUCCUCAGCUCGUCCAAGAGAGAGGACACCAGCCGUAAAUGCACAGGCCAGGAGCGCAUCGGGAUCGACUCCAGGUACGAGCAGGAGGGGAAGGUGCAGUUUGUGAUCGACGGCGUGUACGCCAUGGCGCACGCGCUGCACACCAUGCAGCGGGAGCUCUGCCCCGACUACCCGGGCAUCUGCCCCGACAUGGAGGCGGCGGACGGCAAGGCGCUGCUCAAGUACAUACGUAACGCCACCUUCAAUGGCAGCGCGGGCACUUUUGUCAUGUUUAACAAGAACGGAGAUGCCCCGGGUCGCUACGACCUGUUCCAGUUCCAGACGACCAACAACACUAACCCCGAGUACAAGGUGGUCGGCCAAUGGGUGGACUCGCUCCAGCUGAGGGUGGAGGAGCUCCAGUGGCCCGGGGACUCCGAGGACGAGGUGCCCGUCUCGGUGUGCAGCCUGCCCUGCAAGACGGGCGAGAGGAAGAAGCGUGUGAAGGGCAUGCCCUGCUGCUGGCACUGUGAGCUCUGCGACGGCUACCAGUACCAGUACGACGAGACCUCGUGCCGCCUGUGCGCCUACAACAUGCGGCCCAACCCCAACCGCACCGCCUGCCAGCCCAUCCCCAUCGUCAAGCUGGAGUGGAGCUCCCCCUGGGCCGUCAUCCCCGUCUUCCUGGCCAUGCUGGGCAUCAUCGCCACCAUCUUCGUCAUGGCCACCUUCCUGCGGCACAACGACACGCCCAUCGUGCGCGCCUCGGGCCGCGAGCUCAGCUACGUGCUGCUGACGGGCAUCUUCCUGUGCUACAUCAUCACCUUCCUGAUGAUCGGCAAGCCCGACGCGGGCGUGUGCGCCUUCCGCCGCAUCUUCCUGGGCCUGGGCAUGUGCAUCAGCUACGCGGCGCUGCUCACCAAGACCAACCGCAUCUACCGCAUCUUUGAGCAGGGCAAGCAGACGGUGACGGCGCCGCGCUUCAUCAGCCCCACCUCGCAGAUCGCCAUCACCGCCAGCCUGAUCUGCGUGCAGCUGCUGGGCGUGCUGGUGUGGUUCGCCGUGGACCCGCCCAACACCAUCGUGGACUACGACGAGCAGAAGACGGUCAACCCCUUGCUGGCGCGCGGCAUCCUCAAGUGCGACAUCACGGACCUGCAGAUCAUCUGCUCGCUGGGCUACAGCAUCCUGCUGAUGGUCACCUGCACCGUGUACGCCAUCAAGACCCGGGACGUGCCCGAGGACUUCAACGAGGCCAAGCCCAUCGGCUUCACCAUGUACACCACCUGCAUCGUGUGGCUCGCCUUCAUCCCCAUCUUCUUCGGCACGGCGCAGUCGGCCGAGAAGCUGUACAUCCAGACCACCACGCUGACCAUCUCCAUGAACCUCAGUGCCUCGGUCGCGCUGGGCAUGCUCUACAUGCCCAAGGUGUACGUGAUCCUGCUGCACCCGGAGCUCAACGUGCAGAAGAGGAAGCGCAGCUUCAAGGCGGUGGUCACCGCGGCGACCAUGUCCUCCCGCCUCAACACGAAGCCCAGCGAGCGGCCCAACGGCGAGGCCAAGACGGAGCUGUGUGAGAGCCAGCCCGCCGACCCCAUGAGUCAAGCCACCAAGAAAACCUAUGUGAGCUACAACAACCUCAGGAUCUGA